UCUCUUUCAAGAAUCUCAAGAAAUAUACAACCAAUGCCCUUUUGCAGAUAUAAAAAAACAGAUCUUUAAUAAAUAAAUGUGCAUUGAUGUGCAUCGGUACAUUAGGUGCAUGUAGUUUUAUUACAUUUAUCAAUUGAAGGGCCAUUGUUAUCAAGUUAACCCACAUUCGUGCUGAUUCAUACGAUCUGGAGAUCUGCAAGGCCACAAAGAGAUUUUUUAAACGGCUCGGUUGGUCUCUCUCGAGCUCGUGGUAUAACAUGUUAAAUCCGUCGGAACGCAUCAGUUAUAUGCAAGACAGCAGCAGUGAUACAGAGACUGAUUACAAAGAGGAAAGGCAUCGCUUGUACAAAAAUAGGCUAAGUUGUGGUGGCUCGUCGAAGCCGAAAUCUUGUCUGGUACAGAGGGACAGCAGUGGCGAUCGGCAUUGUCAUUCUUUCAAUUCCGGCAGAAAUUCGCAGGUCACGAAAUUCAUUAACAGAAUUCGUUCAAACGUCAAUAUGGCCAAACAGAGUCAGACUCAAAAUCAAAACAGUAGCAAAGACAACACAAUGUCGGGAGGAUCGGCGACAGCAUCUAUUACUGGAGUUAGCAAUCAGCCAGCUAGCGAUGAAAGAAUUACACUCAUUGUCGAUAAUACCAGAUUUAUUGUUGAUCCGGCUUUAUUCACAGCGCAUCCCAAUACAAUGUUGGGUCGUAUGUUCAGUUCAGGUGUAGAAUAUGCUCAACCUAAUGAACGUGGAGAGUAUGAGGUUGCCGAUGGCAUUUCUGCCAUGGUUUUCCGCGCUAUCCUAGAGUAUUAUAAGGGCGGAGUAAUUCGGUGUCCCCCGACUGUAAGUGUUCAAGAACUACGAGAAGCUUGCGACUAUCUGCUAGUGCCUUUUGAUGCUAGCACUGUAAAAUGUCAAAAUCUCAGAGGAUUGCUACACGAAUUGUCGAAUGAAGGUGCACGCUGCCAGUUCGAAGUAUUCUUGGAGGACUUGAUUUUACCAUUGAUGGUGAACAGUGCACGACGCGGUGAUCGCGAAUGCCACAUUGUUGUCUUGCUCGAAGACGAUGUUGUCGAUUGGGAUGAGGAGUAUCCACCUCAAAUGGGAGAAGAAUAUUCCCAAACUGUCAAUAGUACGGCAAUGUAUCGCUUUUUUAAAUAUAUCGAGAACCGAGACGUGGCUAAGCAAGUAAUGAAAGAGCGCGGUCUCAAAAAAAUCCGUUUAGGCAUCGAGGGUUAUCCGACUUAUAAAGAGAAAGUGAAGAAACGCGCCGGUGGUCGCGCUGAGGUCAUAUACAAUUAUGUUCAGCGACCCUUUAUCCACAUGUCUUGGGAAAAAGAAGAGGCCAAGAGUCGUCACGUUGACUUUCAGUGUGUUAAGUCCAAAUCAGUGACGAAUCUCGCUGAAGCCACAGCCGAUCCUGUUCUGGAUGCUGCUGGAAAUCCUAUGCUUCUUCAGGUUGCUGAAGGGGCAGUCUCUCAACCAGAAGUGGUUGGGCUUCCUAUGGGUUCGGAUGCUGAUGUGGAUGGACCAAUGGGACCUGGCGAUCAAGACUUGGGCCCAUUACCAUCUGAUGAGUUACCAUAAAAGAUAAAAAUAAGUUAGGACUGGAUUUAGAAAUCCCAAAAAAGGAAACGAACUUUAAAAACAUAUUUAUAAAAUCUUUAAAGAAAUUCUUGAAAAAAAUCUUGUAAUUUAUUAUGAAGAAUGGAAAUUGAAUUCUGGACACGACUGUACUAGAUUGUUAAAUAAAAGACUGAAGUGCAUUUGACUUUGAAUCGUUACAAAUUUAACUUCGAAGACUUUGGAAUCCAGUGGAUCUUGAUGACAAAAAAUGUUAUACCCUGAGAAUUUCCUAGGAUGCGUAUCCUGAAAGUUUAAAAAAAGGAGCGAAUCUAUUAUUUACGACGUAAUUUCCAUAUGAUACAGAUCUAUGCAAUUCCAUUCAAAGAAAUAUUUAUUUAUAUUGAAUGAUUCACAGAAAAAAAAAUUUUUUAAUUGUAUUAU